CUCGAGGACUAGGACAUCUCAAGGCUAAAGCAUCAGCUGAUUGGAGUGGAGAAGUGAAAAAUGAUAACAAAGGGGAUGAAAGACAUGUCGUCAAAACACUCACACAUGAGUGUACAUGUCUGCAAUGGCAGCACACAGGCAAGCCUUGUGACCAUGCACUAGCCUUCAUAAAUGUUUUGCAAGCUCGCAACUUUGUGAACAUGGAGGAUUAUGUGCACGAGUACUACUCAGUUAGCAGAUUCAGGGCAGCAUAUGAAGGUGUAAUUGAGCCCCUUACGGACAAGAAUCAGUGGCCACAUGUUGAUACAGGCUUUGUGUUGCGUCCACCAAUUCCAAAAGGCAAGAAAAAAGGUGCUGGAAGAACAAGAAAACAGAGGAUGAAGAGUUGGUGGGAAGGUGGAUCAAGGAAGGGAUCAUUGAACAAAUGCAACAAAUGCGGGGACGUAGGACAUAGAGAAGCCGGCUGUCCUCAAAAUGGAACAAAGAAACGGAAAAGUAUGGGGAAAAAGAAUCCAUCUCCAUGGUUUGAUGUCUCAGUUAGCAAUGUGAUUCCAUCUACACCAACCAAGAGCAAGAAUGUCGCCACUUGUAGCAGUCCUGGAGCUGUGACAAGAAGCCAAGCGGCAUCUCAAGCUAGUCCUGGAGCUGUCACAAGGAGCCAAGCAACAUCUGAAGCUGCUACUCCACCACCAAAGUCUCCAGCAAAAGGAAAGAAGAAGAAAAUGACUCCAAAGAGGAAGAAAUUAAGCGAUCUGUGAUGAACUUGUGUUAUUGCUAUGUGUGAGGUGCAGACUCACUUUAUUGUUCUGUAUGUGAGGUGCAAACUCUCCUUUUGGUCCUGUGUAAGUGAGGCAGAGACUCACUAUUAUUCUGCUAUGUGUGUGAGGUAGAGACUCACUUUAAUUC